GCGAAUUGCUUUAUGAUUCAUGCUGUAACCGUCUCCGGUGUUACUGUUCAGUCCUCAUGAGGGGGCAAAAGGACAGUUUUUAGCUAGGCUGAAUAUACCCACAUCCUAAAGUCUUCUCUGGAUCUGCUCCCGUCUCGUGGAGACGUCUGACUCUAUCAGCUAUCGACAAUAUGUACAACUUCCCAGUCAAUCCCGAGACCGCCGAAGACCUUCAAUAAGAGGGAAACGAGAUCUUCGGUAACAUGGGGAAUUACUCUGGGAAAGAGCGGCAAGGAUCUUCAGGCACCACAUUGGACCCAUUUGAAACAUCUCCCAACUCCCCUUAUACCCUCACUUCUACAACCUUAUCCCCAACCACCCAGCUGGCGUCUGUUUCCAACAGCUCCUCUAAGACUGUAGCAAGCACAGCCACACCUCAUGAGACUCUCAGUCCAUCACUGAUCUCCACCAAUCAGGAUGAGCUGCUCAGGAACUGCAGGACAGGGCCCACAAAUCAUGUGCCUGAGAAGGGACUUAAGGUGACACGAGCAACUGCGCAGGUACCUCAAACCUCAGGUGUAUGUUUGAAGGGCGACACAGGAGUGGAUGCUAAAUUGAUACAGGAGUGUUUGAUCACACUUGGGCUCAACAGUACUGAAGUCUCAACACACACACUAAAUGAUCUGUUACAGUGUUUUCUGAUGGAGAGAGAGAAGAUAAAGGAGGAAUUGAGAAGUUGUAAAGAAAAGAUUCAGGUAGAACGGGAGGAGUGGCAGCAAUUCCAGGCUGACCUGAAGGUGGCACUAGUGGUUUCAGACAGACUGAGAGCAGAGGCAGAGGAAGAGUUAAGUGCUCUCAGAGAAUCUCGGCAGGACUGGGACAGUAAACUAGCUGAUGCCUUGCAGGGACGAGGACAAGUCGAAGGUCAGUUGAAGAGCCUCAAAGUUGAGUUGGAGCAGAGCAAACAGAAAUUGAAGGAGGUCACAGGCAGUCCCCAGGGGGUGCUAGAGAGAGGGGGAGAAAUCGAUAAAGUGGAGGGAUAUGAGAAGAACAUUGGCCCAGCUGAGAAACGGAGAGAUGAGAUGAAAGACAAAAGAGAACUGCGCACCUCUAGUACUACAGAGAGGUCAAGGAGUCUCUGCAGGCUGCCCUCAGAUUACCCUGAUGUUGUUAUAAAUGGUACCUCCCAGCUCUCAGUUACUGUGACAACAGAAUCUCGUCAUCAGAAUAAGACUCAGCCAAGUUUGAGUGGAAGUGUAGACCAACAGAACAACAUGAAGAAUUCCAUCAAAGAGAAUUCACUCCUACGAACGUGCAACUCUUCAGUAAUAGAUGUGCCAAACAAGAUUAACAGGACAAGGACACAGGAGGAUUUCCAAUUAGGUCUCAGGUUACUGAGACCUCAUGGCGGCUCCAGGCGGAACUCUUUGCUCCGCUGGUGCCAGGGCAGAACUCAAGGAUACAAGAAUAUUGAAAUUACUAACUUCAGCAGUAGCUGGGUGGAUGGAUUGGCCUUUUGUGCAAUCUAUCACAGUUACCUCCCCUCUCACAUACCAUACAACACACUCAGUCCAGAAAACAAGAAAGAGAACCUUGCUCUAGCAUUCCGGACUGGAGAGAGCUUUGGAAUCUCUACAUCACUAACAGUGGGAGAGAUGUUGAAAGAUGAUCCACCUGACUGGCAUAAGGUUCUGGAGUAUGUAGAGAGCAUCUACCGCCACUUUGAGAUGUGAGACUCUAAAGUAUAUACCGUAUAACAGAACCUGAUCAUAUGCAGUGAAUAGAACAAUUGUUCUAGGGCCUCAAAAAGGCUGCACAUGACACAACUACAGCAGUACCUCCAUCUAAGCAUUGAAGAGGAGCCAGAAUGGGCUGGAAAUGUACCUGUUGUUGUCUUUAACUGUUGGUCUGGGAUCUGAUUUUUUAAAACAGUAAAGCAAUGUUUUAAACAGGUUUGUGUUUGAGACACUUGACCAGUUCAUGAAGGAAAAUCUUUGUGUCUAUGUGAAUGAAGGUUUGGAGUUUGAUGAGGUGUACCCAUUAUCAUCAGAUCUGUGGCCGUUUCAUUUUGUGUUUGCUGCACUCUGCCCUCUGUUGGUUCUUAUGUGGAAUGGCAGGAUUUAUUGUCAGUCUCUCCUGCUUCUUUUUCAUUGAGAUUAUUGUGCUCUAUGAUGAUUAGAUGAUGAUCAGACUUGGUCUACAGUGUACAUUUCCAAAAGAAAUCACUAUUUCUGUUUUUGUGCAAUGUUUUUUUUUUUUUCCUGUGUGAUCAAAGCGCUCUGUAGAUACAAACAAUUACUUAUGAGCAAGGAAUACAUUCAGGACUGAUUCAUCCAGCUACUGGAAUAUCAUUCUGUUUGGUUUUCUUGAGUCCUCAAACCAUAAGUGAUACUCAGAAACCAAAGAGUUUCAUUAGCAUGUUUAUCACUUACUGACAAUACUUGUUAAGGUACAACCAGUGUGAUUCCAAAGACAAACUAGUAUUG